AUGGCGACGCGUUCGCAAGGCGCGGGGCCGAUGGUCGUCCGCGGCACCGUCACGCCGAGCAGGGCGUCGCGGUUCUUUUUGCCGCGCGUACAGGAAGCGCCACACACACCGGAGACGCCGGCGUUGUCAAUUUCGUUUUCCACGCCGUAUAUGCCGACGCCCAGCACGCCGAGCGAGCCGGACUCGCUGCGCGUACGGGUUGUGGACUCGGACUCGGACGCGGACGUGCCGCUGUCGCCGUGUCUGGGGCGCAAGCGGCGGAAAAUGGUACAAGAGCCCAGGAUCCCGUUUGCCUUGCAAGGGCAGAGCCGGGGGCCGCGGUGGGCGCAGCGAACAUAUACCCAGGAAAAACGGUCGACGCACGCCUUCUUCUCGCGCAUGGCGACGCGUACAGAGCACCCGUACUACGUCGAGUCGACCGUGCCGCAUGCCAUGGCGAGCCCGCUGUGCGCGACAUACAUGCACGCGGCGCGCGACGUCGACGAUCCCCUGCCUUGCCUGGCCGUCGGCGACGACGAAGGGCGCAUCCACCUCCUCGAUACCCAAACCCCCUCGGACUCGCUCGAGAAAAGCUUUGUCAAGCACACGACGCAGCCGCUCGUGCACGGCUCCGUCUUUGCCGCCGAAUGGCGCAGCGACGACCACGUCCUGGCGAUCGGCGGCAGCGACUACUCGGUGUCUGCGUGGGACGUGCAGCACGAGCUGUGUGUCGCGCACUACGACGCACACAACGGGAGCGCACGCGCACUUGCGUGGGACCCCGACGACCGCCGCUUGCUCGCGAGCGGCGCACGCGACGGCGCCAUCUACCUGUGGGACCUCCGGCAGAGCGCCGCGGCCGUGCAUAUCCACAAAGCGCACGGCAUGCCACGCACACGCCGCGGCACACGCGUCGCGGGCGUCACCUCGCUUGCGUAUGUCAACGGGCAGCUGGCGAGCAGCUGCAGCGAGAAUGGCGUCGUAAAGAUGUGGGACCUCCGCUCGGCGCAAGCGCCCCGCAUGACAAGUAGCGACCUGUCGGUCGGCCGCGCCGGGAACACGCGCCCCCACGGUGUCUCGUCGCUCGCGUAUGCGCCGACGCGCCGCCGUCUCUAUGCUGCAUGCACGGAUGGAUGUGUGUACGUCCUCGACCCGAGUCUCGAGGCCGAUGCGCUUCCGCCGUACGAGCCGCGGUCGCUGUACCAUGCCGUGCAGCGCCGCAACACGCUGUACGCGCGUGCCGCGCUGUACGACGAGCGCUACCUUGCGCUUGGUUGCAAUACCGGCGACAUUGUCGUCUGGGACACGGAUGCGGCCCAUGCCGCCGUCCUCCCCCGUGCCCACGAAGAAAAUGCCGAAGUCAAUGCCGUCUCGUGGAUGCAUGGCCCCCGUGGCCCGACGCUGGCCUCGGCGAGCGACGACCAGACCGUACGCGUGUGGGAACCGGGUCACUCUGUAUAG